AUGACUACGGCAGCUCACGUCUUUCACCAUGCCCCUCGGCCCAUCUCCAUCGCCGAGUUUAGAGAUGCCGUCGACGCUGUGUGCCGACCGCGAUUCCCCGCGGCCCGGUCUGCCAGGCCUCAGCGCGUAGGCAUCGGAGGCGUUGAUUCUAUGGCCCUCGCCUAUCUCACCUCUCGCAUGCUCCAGACCUUCCGCCGCGCAAAGAUCGCCGACAAUCCUGCCCACGGCGCCCUUGCCGUCGUCAUCGACCACAGACUGCGCGAUGAGAGCACCGAAGAGGCUAUGCAGGUCGCAAAGGAGCUGAGGAAGCUCGACCUCAAGACCACCGUCACGGCACUCGCCUGGAAGGAGGAGAAACGCAAUGGUCUCGAUCCCCGCAAGCUCCCGAACCUCGAGGGACUUGCUCGAACGUAUCGAUACCGAGCUCUCGGGAACCACUGCAAUUAUCAAGGCGCUACGAGUCUCUUCUUUGCGCAUCAUCGAGACGACCAAUACGAAACGGUUUUAAUGCGAUUGCUUGGAGGACAUGGAUAUCGAGGGCUACAGGGGAUACGGGAGGCAAACUCGAUCCCCGAGUGUUACGACAUGCACGGUGUAUACAAGAGCGGUUUGAUCGAUGACCAGCGUAAUCAGUCCCCCUUUCUCAGUUUUAGGCCGCCUAUACGGGAAAUGAGGCGCCUACGAUCCAUAUUUCGAGACCAGAAGAAGGCCGAAUCAUGGGACGGCUUCAAACCCUUUGGCGGAACAGAACUUAUUGAGCGAUACCCGGGACACAAUCCUACGGAAAGGGAACCUAACCGGCCCUUUCUCAAGCCGCUGGAGAUCGAAGAUGGAGGGGUCACGAUUUACAGGCCGCUGCUUGAGUUUGACAAGGAUAGGCUCAUCGCCACCUGCGAGGCAAACAAUAUCCCCUGGGUUGAGGACCGGACUAACAAGGAUCCUACUCUGACGACACGGAAUGCCAUCAGAUACCUGGUCCGGAAUCAUGAGCUCCCGAAAGCUCUGCAGAAGCCUGCUAUCCUAGCCUUGGCCGAAAGGGCAAAGCGAAGAACCAAGCUUGAAGAAGCUGAAGCGCAUCGCUAUCUCGUGCGAGAAGCCAUCAUCAAGGAUUUCGACCCAAAUGCUGGAACUUUGUUGAUUCAGUUUCCCAACUCACGUCCUUUCAAGGGGCGGCGCAAGAGGCGAUCAUUGAGUCCAGAGAAUGAACUACGAAAGGAGCAUCGGAGACUCAUUAUGGCUAUUGCAGUUCGGAAGCUGAUAGACUUUGUCACUCCCGAGUAUCAUUUACCACCACUGGCUAACCUCGAUAACGUCGUGAAUCGACUCAUCCCUGACCUGGCUCCUAACCCGAGCCCAUCCCCCCCAAAGGCUUUUGCCAUGUCCGGUGUCUUGUUUGAUCCGAUAGUACAAGGAAACUCAGUCAAGUGGCUCCUCUCCCGAGCUCCUUACACAUCCAAUCAACCUCUACCUAUGGCAAAGCUGUUUGGAGUUCUGGACCAUCGUGUUCGCUUCGACAAGGAGGAGGCCAAGCAGAUUGCCGAGGCCAACCCUGGGUCCCGCAUCAUGGGCUGGAAGAGGUCCAAGAUGUUUGAUGGCCGCUACUGGGUUCGGAUCGGAUACAACAAUCGCCCUUUGUUUCUUGUGCAGCCUUAUCGAGCAGAACAUGCCAAGGCUUUCCGUAAGGCGCUACCCCCCAUGCGGAGGGCUCGGCUUGAAAAGCUGCUUAAGCACUACGCACCGGGCAAGAUCCGAUAUUCCUUGCCGGCCAUGUACGGCGUGGAACGCGAGAGGGAUCACUACUCGCAGCAUGUGACAACUACGUUGACGCUACUGGCGCUACCGUCGCUGGGCAUCCAUAUCCCCGGUCUGGAGCGGUGGGUCAAGUAUGAAGUUCGGUACAGAAAUGUCGACAAGACCCUGCUGGGACAUCACCCCAGGGGAGAGAGGACGUCUCAUUCGUAUUACCGGCCGCUGUUUGGGCCGGCGCGGAGACAGAGGUUGAGGUUGAUGGGCAAGCAUGGACCUCGGCGAUGA